AUGGGAAAGAAGAAGGUUCUCGUGAGCUAUGGGGUUGACAUUGAUGCUGUCGCUGGCUGGCUUGGCUCGUAUGGGGGUGAAGACUCCACGAGUGACAUCAGUAGGGGUCUCUGGGCUGGAACAAUAGGAACUCAGCGCCUGCUGAAGCUUUUCGAUAAGUACGGAAUCAAGGCAACAUGGUUCAUCCCUGGUCACUCUCUCGACACCUUCCCCGAAGACUGCGCUGCCGUACGAGAUGCAGGACACGAGAUCGGACUACACGGCUACUCGCACGAGAACCCUGCCGAUAUGACCUUUGAGCAACAACGCGAUGUUCUUGACAAAACCUACAAGCAACUCACUGCUUUCUGCAAUGGCAAACCUCCGCGAGGUUCCGUCGCACCCUGGUGGGAGACGUCCAAAGAGGGCACCGAGCUCUUGCUUAGCUACGGCAUCGAAUACGAUCACUCCAUGUCGCACGAAGACCAUCGCUGCUAUUGGCUACGCACGGGCGAUGAGUGGACCAAGAUCGACUACACCAAGAAGGCGACAGAAUGGAUGAAACCCCUCACGAAAGGGAAAGAAACGGGUCUGGUAGAGAUACCGGGCAGUUGGUACAUUGACGACCUACCGCCAAUGAUGUUCAUGAAGAAGAGCGCGAACAGCCAUGGAUGGGUAAAUCCGAGGGACGUGGAACAGAUAUGGAUGGACCACUUCGAUUACUUCUAUCGGGAGUACGACGAGUUUGUCUUCCCAAUGACAAUUCACCCGGACGUCAGUGGAAGGCCACAUGUUGUGCUCAUGCAUGAGAGGAUUAUCGAGCAUAUCAACAAACACGAGGGCGUAGAAUGGGUGACCAUGGAACAGAUGGCGGACGACUUCAAGAAGAAUAACACGGUACCCGAGAAUGCGAUGAUGCCGUCGCCACGCGGUGAAAUCCUGAAGUUGCAGAAGGAAGGGAAGGCGUACUCUCUGCUUGAUUACGAUGGACCUAUGCCGAAAUAG